AUGGUGACUUUACUAUCUAUUCAAGUUUUAUCAAUUAUUGCUACAGCAUUGACGAAUCUUGUUGGUAUAUUAGCAUUUGCAACCGAUCAUUGGUCAAUAACUAUUUAUGAUCUCGGAAAGUUACGUUCUCAUAUAAAAUGGUUUGUUGUUGAAAAUACAACUAAUGAUUCUAUUCAUAUAUUGAAUAAUAUACAUGAUCAAAAUCAAACACAAACAUUAGCAAUUGAUAAACAACAAUUUCGUGCUAUAGCAAUAGGUGUUAAUAAUAAUACAAUAUUGUAUAAAACACAUAAAGGUAUAUUUCGUCAAUGUAAUUAUUUAUCUCAAAAUGUACGUCAACGUUUAAAAUUAUCGAAAUGCCGUGUUUUAAAAGUAGCAAAUAAUCAUUAUGAUGAUGUCAUUCAUGGAAUGAAUAAUCCUGGACGAGAACUAAUACGUUUACAUAAUGUUGCAGCUGCUUGUGCCAUUUUAAUUGUACUUCUUCUAUGCGCCUGUACACUUAUUGGUGUUAUUGUAGGUAUUCUUAAUGGUGUUGUUCUAGCAACAAUGACAAUUGGUAUUAUCUAUCUUGUUGCCACAAUGUUCAGUACAUGUCUUUUAGCUAUUAUGUAUACUGUAUUAAAAAGUGAACGUAAACACUCGCAUUGUUUUGCAUUAGAAAUUCUUACGGAUGAAUUAUGUUCUGCUCGUACUAUUGAUUUAUCAUAUUCAUUUAUAUUAGGUUGUUUACUUAUUGUUCUUUGUUUUAUUACAUCAGUAUCAUGGUUAUCAUUACAAGAAAAACAGCGAAAAUUUGCACAGCAUUGA